AUGUUGGCCUUCAUCGUCUACAAGGGUUUGGAUGACUUGCUGCAGAACAUCACGGAGCCGACCAAGUGGGAGGUCAACUCCCGCAUAGUCAGCGGCACCGUGGGGAAUGCCAUCACCUUCAAUGGCACCUUCAAUAUCACCCUGCAGCAUACAAAGCCGCUGCAGGAGGACAAGAAGCUGCUCUGUGUGUCGUGGAAGCUGAACAACUCCGAGGGGCAGUGGACACAGCAGGGCUGCGAACGUGUAGGCGGGGACAACUCGAACUCCAUCUGCACCUGCAACCACUUCUCCUCCUUCUCCAUCAUCAUGAACAUCAAUGAUGACAACAAAGAAGAGCAAAAGAACCGUGUGCUGGAGGUGGUGACCCGCGUGGGGCUGUCGGUGUCGCUGCUCUGCCUCUUCCUCACCAUCAUCACCUUCGUUCUGUGCCGCUCGCUCUGGAGCGUCAGCAUCUCCCUCCACCUGCAGCUCAGCAUCUGCCUCUUCAUCGCUGACUUCCUCUUCCUCGUGCCCGAGUACUUCACCACCGAGAAGCUGGCGUGCAGCAUCAUAGCCGGCUUGCUCCACUACUUCUUCCUCGCCUCCUUCGCCUGGAUGUUCCUGGAGGGUUUGCACCUCUUCCUCACCGUCAGGAACCUGCGCGUCCUCAACUACAUCAACGCCAACCGCUUCAAGCGCAGAUACAUCUACCCCGUGGGCUACGGCUUACCAGCCAUCGUGGUGGCCACCUCUGCCGCCAUCUACCACAAAGGCUACGGCACCCCGAAGAACUGCUGGCUGAGCACAGAGGGAGGAUUCAAUUGGAGUUUUGUCGGCCCCGUCUGCGUCAUCAUCCUGAUUAAUCUGAUGUUUUUUCUCAUCACCCUCUGGACGCUGCGGAAACGACUCUCCUCCCUCAACGCCGAUGUCACAGCCAUAAAAAACACCCGGCUGAUGACAUUCAAGGCGCUGGCGCACGUCUGCAUCCUGGGCUGCACGUGGGGUCUGGGCUUGCUGCAGGCGCCGGAGAGGAAGGUGGUGAGCUUCCUCUUCACCAUCAUCAACAGCCUCCAAGGAGCGUUCAUCUUCCUCGUGCACUGCGUCCUCAACCGGCAGGUGACGGAGCACUACCGGCGCUGGUUUCGGGUGCUGUGGUGGUGGUCGCCAAAGCCCCAGGAGAUGCCCACCACCGAGAUGCGGGUCACCUACGUCACGGAAGGGGAAAGAUCACAGAGCCACAGUGCCGAGGGCUGCGCGUGGGAGAAGUGACGGUGGGGACGCGCUGGACCAGCUCGUAACCAGCAUUUUUCAGCACAUCCAGCCCAUUUUUACCAGAUUCCUGAUCAUCUCACUCAUUUCCAGCAUGUUGUUUUUUUCCCUCUGAACAGUGUUUUUCGGAGUUUUCCCCCCAAAUCCAACCAAUUUUCACCACUUUCCCCAAGAAGCAAGACCUUUUUAGCAUUUUCUCACCAAUUUUCAUCAUUUUCUCCCAAGAAACAAGCAAUUUUUAGCAUUUUCUCUCCCAUUUUUAGCACUUUCCCCAAGAAACAAAUUAUUUCUAGCAUUUUCUCCCCCUUUUCUAGCAUUUUCUCCCAAGAAACAAACCAUUAUUACCAUUUUCUCCCACAAAACUUUUUAAAUUAACAAGUUUUUAAUUGAAAGCAGAAGCAUAUCUUUGUACCAGUGCUACCACUGGCAGACUUUUCUCUGAAAACAGUCUGAAAUGGCUAAAAACCAGUUUCAUUUUCAGCCACAGGUCCCCUUCUUAUUGAUUUUCCAGCAAAUUUCUCAAGCCUGGCUCAAAUUUCCUAAUUUUCACAGGGGGAGAGGGAGAUCCCAAGGUUAAUUUUCAACCCAGAGAAGGAAUUUUGUUUCCUGUAAUGAAUCGUUGUGUUUCGACUGAUCGAUAACAUAUAAAUCGUCCUCUCCCUCAAGUUUUAGCUUACAAUUCUUUAAAAACUAUCAUUAAAAUCAAACCACACUUUGAA